AUGCGGCCCCUGACUCCCGCCGACCUCAACCCGGCCAUCCUCAACGUGCAGUAUGCCGUCCGGGGCGAGCUCGCCAUCAAGGCUGACGAGCUCAACGAAAAGCUCCGCUCGCUGGAGCACCAAGACAAGCUCCCGUUCAAGAGGGUCAUCAGCAGCAACAUCGGUAACCCCCAGCAGAAGGGUCUCGACCAGCCCCCAAUAACCUUCACGCGGCAGGUUGCCGCUCUCAUGGAAUACCCGCCCUUGGUAGACAUCGUGAAAGACAAGUGGCCAGCAGAUGUGAUUGCACGCGCGCAGGAGCUGCAGGCUGAGAUCGGCAGCGUCGGCGCGUACUCACAUAGCAAGGGCAUCCCGCUCAUCCGAAAACAUGUCUCGCAGUUCAUCACAGAGCGUGACGGGUACCCGAGUGACCCAGAAGACAUCUUCCUCACCGGCGGCGCGUCCGCGGGCGUCGCGCUGCUACUCAACACGCUCAUCACGCCACACGAGACCGGCAUCCUCAUCCCGAUCCCGCAGUACCCGCUCUACACGGCGACGCUCGCGCAGUGUAACGGUGUCGCGCUCCCGUACCAUCUCUCCGAGUCGGACGGCUGGUCGACGUCGCUCGAAGAGAUCCGCACGGCGCUCAAGCGGCCAGAGACGGACGGGAAGGGCGUGACGCCGCGCGCGCUGGUCGUGAUCAACCCAGGGAACCCGACCGGUGCGCUGCUCGACCGGAAGACGAUGGAGGAGCUUGUGCGGCUCUGCGAGGAGCACUCGCUCGUGCUGCUCGCGGACGAGGUCUACCAGGCGAACCUGCACCGCCCCGCGGAGCACCCGUUCCACUCGUUCAAGCAGGUCGUCCGCCAGCUCAACUCGCCCAUCCCCCUCGUGUCCUUCCACUCCAUCUCGAAGGGCGUCUUCGGCGAGUGCGGACGGAGAGGAGGCUACUUCGAGUGCUGCAACAUCCCCGCAGACAUCCGCGCGCUGCUCUACAAGAUGGUCUCCGUCGGGCUCUGUCCGCCGCUCUCGGGCCAAGUCGGUGUUGACUGCCUCGUGCGCCCGCCGAAGGCGGGCGAGCCGAGCCACUCGCUGUGGAAGCAGGAGACGGACAGCAUCCACGCGGCCCUCGCGCAGCGCACGAAGCUCAUGGCCGAGCGGCUGAACGCGCUCCCGGGCGUGUCCUGCGUGAACUCGCCAGGCGCGCUGUACCUCUACCCGAAGCUCGAGCUCCCGAAGAAGGCCAUCGAGGCCGCGCAAAACGUCGGGAAGGAGGCGGACACGCUGUACGCGCUGGAGCUACUGGAGGAGACGGGGAUCUGCGUCGUGCCCGGCUCGGGCUUCGGUCAGAAGGAGGGUGAGCACCAUUACCGGCUGACGUGCUUGUGUCCAGGUGUGGAGGAGUAUGUGGGGAUGCUGGAGAAGUUCCAUAUGGGCUUCCUGAAGAGGUACGAGGCUGUGUAAAGGCACAUUUCUCCACAGUUGGCAACUGCCUGUGAAUAGUAACUGCCCCAGAGUAAAUUGAUUCUGAGUGAUCAUGAUUGGUUGUCAUCUACCUUGUCAGAAUGUGUGAGGCCAGGUGUUUGACUGGGUGCCAACACAAUGUAGCUGUUGCUCAAGCCAGUAUGCACUACUGUGUGAUUGUCCAGCAGGCAUGCUGCCCAUGAGGUGGUCUUGCUGGUGGAAUCCUAUAAUGUGCAUGUUCAACAGUGACAACCACAGUGUAUGACAGUGGUAUACUCAGCUCUUGACUAUUCAUGUGAUGAGUACCUGGAGGAUGUGUU